UGCAAAUACAGUUUCAACUAGAGACAAGUGGUGUUCUUCAUUGUAAAGGCACAAACACAAAGUCCUACUAUAUUUCUUUGGCAAAGGAUGUGGUAUAGCGAUGCAGACCUACAGUACCUAGCACUGUAAGUCUGCUUUGUGUUUGUGGUUGCACCUUUACAAUGCAGAACACUGCUUGUCUUUAGUUGAAACUUCCAAUACUAAAGACCAAUGCAAACUAUAAUUAGCAUGGGUCUCAGAAUGACACAUUUGUAUCUUUCACAGAGUCAAUGAGACAAAUGUAAUAAUGCCUGAACCCCCAGAACCGAGCUACCGUGGCUUCCCGAAAACGCAAAAAUAGGUGUGACAACAGCACUGGUGAAUGUGCAAAACUGAAUGUGCAUUCUUUCUUCUCCUGUACACCAAGGUGAUGGAUGUGACCACUCCAUCUAUGACCACACAUGUUGGAGGAGCACUUGCUGAGAACAGAAAUGCAACAACAGCAGAUAAUGGAAGCAGUGUUUUUGCACCAAACAUAAGUGGAUGUGUAUUUUAUGGGGAUGUGAAUGUCCAAGAGAUCAAAACUAUUUCUGUUAUCACGUUUAUUCCUUUUAGACCAAGAUGAGGGGAAGCAGAAAGUGAACCCUGGAUCUAAUCUGAUUGCGCAACACAAGCAGAAUAAAGACAUCCUUUGCAUCAGAGACAAGAUCAAAGUACAACAGAAGAAAAGGUGUGAAACCAUACUAGAGGAUAUUUCAAGCCCCAAGAAAUCAGCCCUUAACAAGGUGUACACAGAGUUGUACAUCGUCACCUGUGAUUCUACCAGCAUCAAUAAGGAACACGAGGUGUGGCAUGCUGAGACGGCACACCUCAGAGACGCCUCGAAGGUCUCCAUGAUAAAAUGUCAAGAUAUCUUCAAACCUGAAGAAGAAGAUGAAGACACAACCAUCAGAACUGUGAUGACAAAGGGAAUCGCCGGCAUUGGAAAGUCUGUAGCUGUUCAGAAGCUGAACUUAGACUGGGCCAACGGAAAAGCAAAUCAAGAUCUAGAUUUUGUUUUCCUACUAUCUUUCCGGGCGUUGAACUUGAUAAAAGACCAGUACAGUCUCCAUAAACUUCUUCAGGAAUUCUACCCUCAACUCAAAGAAAUAGACAUGAUUACGUAUGAUGAACAUAAGAUUCUGUUCAUUCUUGAUGGACUGGAUGAAAGCAAACUGCGACUGGAGUUUGAUGAAAACAGGCUGAAUCUGACAUCUGUGUCUGAGUCUGCUACACUGGACGUUUUGCUAAUGAACCUCAUUGCUGGGCCUCUUCUACCUAAUGCUUUAAUUUGGAUAACCUCCCGUCCAGUAGCUUCCAAUCAGAUCCCUUCACAGUAUAUUGAUCGAGUUACAGAGAUCCGAGGGUUUAAUGAUGCUCAAAAGGACGAGUACUUUCAAAGAAAAAUCAGCGAUCCUGAGACGGCCAGACACAUCAUCUCAUUAAUAAAAACAUCCCGGAGCCUCUACAUCAUGUGUCAUAUACCGGUGUUCUGCUGGAUGGCUGUAACUGUGCUUGAAGAUAUACUGCUUAAAGGCAACAAGGAAGAUCCAAAGCCUCAAUCUUUGCCUACAACCAUCACUGAGAUGUACCUGCACUACUUAAGGAUCCAAACAAAUAUCAGUUCUCAGAAACACAGAUCUACAGGUGGCACGCAAUGUACUUUGAUGUCAAACAAAGACAUCAUUUUAAAAUUGGGAAAGCUGGCAUAUGACAACCUGGAAAGUCAAAAUGUGCUUUUUACAGAACAGGACUUGAGCAACUGUGGUAUUAGUGUCACGGAAGCUGCUACCUGCCCAGGGCUCUGUACGGAACUUGUAGAGUUUGAGUAUGGACUUUAUCCAAAGAAACUAUAUUGUUUUGUCCACUUGAGUGUUCAGGAGUUUUUUGCUGCUCUGUACGCAUUUCAUGAAUUUGAAAAUAACAGGUUUGACUCACUAAAAGCCUUACGCAGAAGGAAAGGAAGCUCUAGGAUUGAUUUUCUCAAAGGUGCCAUUGACAGUGCAUUGAAUAGUAAAAAUGGUCACCUGGACCUCUUCACACGCUUCCUUGUUGGGCUCUCUCACGAGUCCAGCCGGGACAUCCUUCAAGGCAUUUUGGAGAGAACAAACAGCAGCUCAGAAUGCCACAAAAAGUUAAAUACAUACAUCAAAAACUUAAAAAGAAAGGACCUCUCCCCAGAGAGAUGCCUUAACUUGAUCCACUGUCUGCUUCAGCUGAAGGAACACAGCAUUCUACAAAAGGACAACAAUGAAGCCUCUUCAGACACACCGCUUACUCCAUUUCAGUGCUCCCUCUUGGCAUAUAAGUUCAUUAUAUCAGAGAAGCCACAAGAGUUUGACUUCAGGAAUAAAAAAACAUCAGAUGAGGGUUUUUACAGACUGGCUCCCGCCUUGCUCUCUUGUACUACGGCGUUGCUCAACUUUUGUCACAUCACACCACUGCAAUGUGCAACUGUGGCCUCAGUGCUUCGAUCUGAGUUCUCCCGUCUGACAGUCCUAGAUCUGGGCCACAACAACCUUGGCGAUGCAGGAGUGAAACACCUCUGUGAUGGUUUGGGGCACCCCAACUGUAAGGUCAAAUCUCUGAACCUCAGCCACAACAAUGUGGGAAAUCAAGGUGUCGAGGAACUCUGCCGAGUUUUGACACGUCCCAAGUUAAAACUUCUGAUUUUGGACCUCAGCUGCAAUGACUUUGGGGACUCUGGGUUGAAGUUGCUUGCUUAUGCUCUCCAUGAUGGCUCUACACUGCAGGUUCUGAGGCUAUCUGGCUGUUCAAUCACAUUGCAUGGUGAUGUGAAAUCUGUUCUUGACAUAGCUUUGAGGUCAGAUCCCUUCCAAAUGAAAGAGCUAGAUCUGAGCUACAAUCCCAUCAGAGAAACUGAUCUGGAUUUCCCACAAGAGUUGAAUCUUAUCAUGGACCCCAGAGCAGAGAGCAGGAAUGAACAAGGCCUAUAUAAAUAUGCAUGUGAACUCACUCUAGACCCCAACACAGUAAACAGUCUCCUACUUCUGUCUAAGGAGGACAGGAAAGUUACUCGCCUGAGCACCAAUCAGCAGUAUCCCAACACUGAAGAGAGGUUUGAUGCAUGCAUCCAAGUGCUAUGUAAAGAGAGCCUCUGCCAGCGACAUUACCUGGAGGUAGAGUGUCUACACAAUGUUAAAGUAGGCAUGGCCUACAGGCGAAUAAUAAGGAAAGGUGUCAGUGAUUGUGUUAGACUAGGACACAAUGCAGAUUCUUGGGCUUUGUAUACUUCGGAAAGUAAGAGCUAUGCACAGCACAGCAAUAUUUUGCACAGUUUACACAUCCCUGAAAUCAAAGCAGGUGCGCCUUAUAGAUUAGGAGUGUUUCUGGAUUGGCCAGCCGGAAUUUUGUCUUUUUAUAUGGUCAACAAUGGGAAACCGGUCCCUCUGUAUGCAUACUACUCCACAUUCACUGAGCCCCUUUAUUUUGCAAUUGGACUAAACUCUCCGACUGCAACCGUUUCUCUGUAAACCUGUAGUUUCUUUCCUACAGUCUUAAAGAAAGUUAUUGUGGUGACAAAAUGUACAAUAUUGUAUUAAACUGGAAAUCCCCUGGCUUAAAUUCAAAGGUGUGUGACAAUUGUUAGUCAACCACCAAAAGUAAAAGCUUCCUUGGUAGUUAGUUAGAUAAUACAUUAUUAGAUGUUCAUAUUUUACACAUAACAAUGUAUGCACUCACUACCUUUAAGUCACUCAGGAUGAGAGUCUUAUGACUUAAAGGGGCACUGUGUAGUAUCUUACCGCUAACAGGGUUAUAAACACUGAAUUGUUUGAAUUCAGUGUUUACAACAAUGAAUUCAAACAAUUACAAAUGGCCCCUUUAAAUGUAGUCUGACCUUUAGGAUUUGUUGCAUGACAGUAAGUUGACCAGAUCACCGACUAGGCCUACCUUUUAGAGACCUGCAGUGGGUGAAGAAAGUCUGAAGGAAUUUUCUGUUUUAAUACUGUUCUGAAUCUCUCUGUGAAACCAUUCCUUAUGUAAUUUGUGGGUAAGGUGUGAGUCUGUUAGGAACCUGGCCGUAUGCUACACUGCUUCGAUUGGCAAUGUCAAUGCCUGAGCAAAAGUUUCAACUGGUCCACACCAACCUUUUAGUUGUCACCUUUUAUCUUAAUUUAUGUACUACGAAGGACAGCUUUCCUCUCUGCAGGGGGAGACAAAGGUUUGACCUUGUAUGAAUGGGGUCAUAAAGGCUUGAACCUCCUUCAAAGUUGCCAUUGGCUUCUUGGUAGCUUCUCUGAACAGUCUCCUCCUUGCCCGGUCAGACAGUAUGGAGGGACGGCCUGAUCUAUGGUGGGUGGUGUCAUACGCCUUCUACUUAAUAAUGGUCUUAACUGCACACCAAGGGAUAGACAAAGCCUUUGAAAGGUUUUUUAUAUCCAUCCCCUGACCUGUGCCUCUCUACAACUUUAGUUCAGAUCUGUUGAAAGUACCUUUCUGCCCAUUGUGGAUUCUUUGAAUUGCACUACUAAGCACUGGAGAUAUUGUGGGUUACUGUGUGAAAAUAGUUUGAUUUUGUGUUUUCAUAUCAGGCUGUAAGCUGUGAAGAUAAACAACAACAUUGUAAGUCAAAAUAAGAAUGUUUUGAAAAGGGGUGGUGACUUUCUGUACCCACUGCAUUAAAAUGACUCAAACAUU